CACGUGCUUUGUCGUCCUAUGAUGUCCCAAACAAAACACCCAAACGUACGAACACGUGUAUAUUGUCCUCAUUUGUUUACGCUCUGCCACUCCCAUCAUCACACUUCCAAUCCAAAUCAAAGCAAAAAAACAGAGAAAACAACAACAAUGGAGAAGAAACACACGUCGCUUGCACAAUAUAAGCAGUUUUAGAAACUUGUAAUUGAGAAAGAUCAUGGUCGUGUCCUCUUUAUUUGACCGAAUACAUUUGUUGGUUCUUCGCUGACAUUCUCAGAUCCUAAUUCUGUCCUACAAUUCCCCCAUUCUGGACUCAUUACAUGCUCUUUAUGGUGGAUUUAGUUCCUGCAAAGUAAAGUUUCUUGGCAAGAAUUUGAAUCAAGUGAAGUAACAUGAAUGCAAGAUUAUCUGGUGGGCUCUGACUGGCAGUCUGUUGGUUUACUAGAUACCCUCAAAAUGGAGAGGGUCAGGACAAUUCUAACUCACACAUAUCCUUACCCACAUGAGCAUUCACGCCAUGCUGUUAUUGCUGUGGGUUUCGGUUGCCUGUUCUUUAUCUCGUCAGACAACAUGCAUACUCUCAUACAGAAGUUAGACAACAAUAUCAAAUGGUGGUCAAUGUAUGCUUGUCUGCUUGGUUUUUUCUAUUUCUUUUCGUCUCCAUUCAUAGGGAAGACAAUUAAACCAAGUUAUUCAAAUUUCAGUCGGUGGUAUAUAGCCUGGAUUUUAGUGGCAGCUGUAUAUCAUCUUCCCAGUUUUCAAUCAAUGGGUGUUGAUAUGAGGAUGAAUCUCUCUUUGUUUUUGACAAUUUACGUUUCAUCAAUUUUGUUUCUUCUUGUUUUCCAUGUUAUAUUUAUUGGCCUCUGGUAUGUUGGUCUUGUUGCUCGUGUUGCUGGAAGGAGGCCUGCAAUCCUGACCAUUCUUCAAAAUUGUGCGGUUUUAAGUAUGGCCUGCUGUGUAUUCUAUAGUUACUGUGGCAACCAUGCUAUUUUGAGGGAAAAACCACUUGAAGGAACAAAUUCUGGUUGGUUUUCUUUUUUGUCCAAAGGAGAGCAAAAAACAUUGCUUGCAAAAUUACUCCGCAUGAAUGAAUUAAAAGACGAGAUCUGCUCAUCGUGGUUUGCUCCAGUUGGGUCUGCUAGUGAUUAUCCACUUUUGUCUAAGUGGGUUAUUUAUGGCGAGUUAGAUGGCAGUGGCUCAUCUGCGGGAUCAUCAAAUGAAAUUUCUCCCAUAUAUUCAUUAUGGGCCACAUUUAUAGGCCUCUACAUUGCCAAUUAUGUGGUGGAAAGAUCAACAGGAUGGGCUCUUACUCACCCAUUAUCAGUCAAAGAAUGUGAGAAGUUGAAGAAAAAGCAAAUGCAGCCAGAUUUCUUGGAUAUGGUUCCUUGGUAUUCAGGGACAUCAGCUGAUUUGUUCAAGACAGUUUUUGACCUCCUGGUAUCAGUUACUGUGUUUGUUGGGCGUUUUGAUAUGCGUAUGAUGCAGGCGGCUAUGAGUAGGGUACAAGAUGGAACACAACAGAACGAUCUUUUGUACAAUCAUUUCAGUGACAAGGAUGAUAUAUGGUUUGACUUUAUGGCAGAUACUGGUGAUGGUGGAAAUUCCUCUUAUAGUGUGGCACGACUUCUUGCUCAACCCUCCAUUCGGCUCCGCAGUGGGGAUAAAGUGAUUAACCUGCCACGUGGAGAUCUUCUCUUGAUUGGGGGUGAUCUUGCGUAUCCUAAUCCAUCAGGGUUUACAUAUGAAAAUCGCUUCUUUCGUCCUUUUGAAUACGCUCUCCAGCCUCCACCAUGGUAUAAAGAAGAGCAUGUAGCUGUAAACAAGCCAGAGUUACCUAGUUGGGUGUCUGAACUGAAGCAGUAUGAUGGACCUCAGUGUUUUGCUAUCCCUGGAAACCAUGAUUGGUUUGAUGGACUUCAAACCUUUAUAAGGCACAUUUGUCAUAAGAGCUGGUUGGGUGGAUGGCUUAUGCCUCAGAGGAAAAGCUACUUUGCUUUGCAACUACCUAAAGGGUGGUGGGUGUUUGGUCUUGACCUCGCUCUCCACUGUGAUAUAGAUGUAUACCAAUUCAAAUUCUUCUCAGAAUUGAUAAAGGAAAAGGUUGGGGAGAAUGAUUCAGUCAUCAUCAUGACACAUGAACCGAACUGGCUUCUUGAUUGUUACUGGAAUGCAAAGACAGGGAAGAAUGUCUCAUAUCUAAUAUGUGACUGUUUGAAAGGAAGGUGUAAAGUUCGUAUAGCUGGGGACUUGCAUCACUAUAUGCGUCAUUCAUACGUUCCAUCAGAUAAGCCAGUUUACGUUCAACAUUUACUUGUUAACGGCUGUGGUGGUGCUUUUUUGCAUCCCACACACGUCUUCAGUAAUUUUAACAAAUUAUAUGGAACUUCCUAUGAGAGCCAGGCUGCUUAUCCUUCUUUUGAAGAUUCAAGCAGGAUUGCCCUGGGAAACAUAUUGAAGUUUCGAAAGAAAAAUUGGCAGUUUGACUUUAUUGGUGGCAUUAUAUAUUUUAUUUUGGCCUUUUCCAUGUUCCCACAGUGUAAGUUGGACCAUAUCUUGCGGGAUGAUACAUUUUCUGGUCAACUGACGAGCUUCUUUAGCUUGGUAUGGGAUGCUUUUAUGUACUCACUGGGACACUCGUAUGUGUCUUCAGCGGGUGCCAUGCUAUUGUUAAUAACUGCUUUCACAUUUGUCCCGUCCAAAAUGUCUCGGAAAAGAAGGGUGAUAAUUGGGGUUCUUCAUGUUUCUGCACACUUGGCUGCAGCACUUAUUCUCAUGUUGCUGUUGGAACUAGGUGUUGAGACUUGUAUCCAGCACAAACUACUAGCAACUUCAGGUUAUCAUACUCUAUAUGAAUGGUAUCGGUCAGUUGAAAGCGAGCAUUUUCCAGACCCAACUGGCCUUCGGGCUCGUAUAGAACAGUGGACAUUCGGUCUUUAUCCAGCGUGUAUCAAGUAUCUCAUGUCUGCAUUCGAUGUUCCAGAGGUCAUGGCUGUUACGAGGAACAACAUCUGCAAGAAUGGGAUGGAUUCACUCUCCCGAGGUGGUGCAGUUAUCUACUAUGCUUCUGUCUUCCUUUAUUUCUGGGUCUUCUCCACACCAGUUGUUUCUUUGGUGUUUGGAAGCUACUUGUACAUAUGCAUUAAUUGGCUUCACCUACACUUCGAUGAAGCCUUUUCCUCUCUUCGUAUUGCUAAUUACAAGGCAUUCACACGCUUCCAUAUUAACCGUGAUGGUGAUCUUGAGGUUUUUACCCUUGCAGUUGAUAAGGUUCCGAAGGAAUGGAAGCUGGAUCCUCUGUGGGAUGGGGAGCCAAGGGAGCAGGAGCAGCAGCUGAGCCACCUCAGACGAUUUCCAAGCAAAUGGCGUGCCGUUUCCUCACAGCAGGAUCCAUUAAGCACCGUUCGGAUUGUUGAUCACUUUAUUAUUCAACAAAAAGGUAAACCUGACUUAGGAGUAGCAAUGAAUGGAUCAAAUAGUCAUUGAUCUGAAAUUUGAUAUUUGUAAGCAAGUUGUAACUUACAUUCUCUAGGAAGCAAUGAGAAGAAAAAAGUACUGUAGAGCACUCUUCUUGUAUGAUCCAUUUGAUUUUGGCCCAUUCUUAUCUACUAGCUAAUUUGUUAGUGGUUAAUUCAAACACGUCAAAGUGUUUUCUU